GAGCGCGGGCGGCGGGAUCUCUCUCCCCUUUUACCGCCAUCGGAGCGGAGUCUCUUUCUUCCCCGGGACCUCUUCACUGCGCAGAGCCGCUUCACCAGUCCAGCCUCCGGUCAGAGAGCGAAGCAUCAUUUGAGACUCGGCUAAGAUGGCAGACAUCGACAACAAAGACCAGGCUGAGAUGGACCCAGCAGAUAUGGAGGAUGUGGAAGAAGUGGAAGAGGAGGAGACGGGAGAAGAUGAAAACAGCAAAGCCCGUCAGCUGACUGUGCAGAUGAUGCAGAAUCCACAGAUCCUGGCUGCGCUGCAAGAGAGGCUCGAUGGUCUGAAUGGCUCACCGUCAGGCUACAUGGAGAGUUUACCAAAGGUUGUAAAGAGACGUGUAAACGCCCUCAAGAACCUGCAGGUCAAAUGUGCCCACAUUGAGGCGAAGUUCUAUGAAGAAGUACACGAACUGGAAAGAAAGUACGCAGCCCUCUACCAGCCGCUCUUCGACAAAAGAAGCGACAUAGUGAAAGCAGCAUAUGAGCCCACAGAUGAGGAAUGUGAAUGGAAAGCAGAUGAGGAGGAAGAGCUGACAGUAAGUAAGCAGGAUGAGAUGAAGGAGAAGGCCAAGCUAGAGGAAGAGAAGAAGGACGAGGAGAAGGAAGACCCCAAAGGCAUCCCCGAGUUCUGGUUAACGGUUUUCAAAAACGUGGACCUGCUCAGUGACAUGCUGCAGGAACAUGAUGAACCCAUCCUUAAACAUUUACAAGAUAUUAAAGUAAAAUUCUCAGAUCCAGGACAGCCCAUGAGCUUCACGUUAGAGUUCCACUUUGAGGCCAAUGACUUCUUCACAAACACAGUGUUGACAAAAACCUACAAGAUGAGGUCAGAGCCCGACGAGACUGACCCCUUCUCCUUCGAUGGACCAGAGAUCAUGUGCUGUACAGGUUGCACAAUUGAGUGGACAAAGGGCAAGAACGUCACGUUGAAAACAAUCAAGAAGAAACAGAAGCACAAGGGCCGCGGCACAGUGAGGACAGUCACCAAAACAGUCCCCAAUGACUCCUUCUUCAACUUCUUCACUCCGCCAGAAGUUCCAGAGAGUGGAGAAUUGGAUGAAGACUCGGAGGCGGUCCUGGCUGCAGACUUUGAAAUUGGCCACUUCAUCCGUGAGCGUAUCGUACCUCGGGCUGUGCUCUACUUCACAGGAGAGGCCAUCGAGGACGAUGAUGACGAUUACGAUGAAGAGGGAGAGGAGGCGGAUGAUGAGGAAGGAGAGGAGGAGGCUGAUGAGGAGAACGACCCCGACUACGAUCCCAAGGUUUAAGUGGUGACAGUAGAAAAAUAACCCUAUCCUGAAGGAUGCAGCCCCCCCAGCUGAGUGCAAGCAGCAGUGAAGUCUGGCCCGGCUGCCUUGAGGAACAACUGCACUGUAACGGCUUCUCAAAUUAAACAACAAAAAAAAGUUUAAAAAAAUAGUUACUUACGCCUUAUAAUGUUUUGUAUUUUUCUUGGUAGAGAAUUUGAAGAAAAAAAAAAGUUUCAAGAUUUUUGUUACAAAAACUCAUGGUAAUAUACUGGGAGCUGUGUGGCUCAAUAUACAUAGUAUUUUACUAGACCUGUUUUUUCCUUCUCUUCCUCCUUCUCUGUACAAUAGAUAGAAUACAGGAAAAAAUCUCCCUGGAAAAGCAUGAACUUGUUUCUUCACUGCUAAAAACUAGUUUGGGUUCUUGUGAAGUCUUUUGUUGUAUUUGCUCUUAGACAACAGCUGUGGUUUAGACUGCAUCGCGGCGACGUCAAUUUAUAAUCCCCACCCCCCCUCCUGUUUCCCUCCGUAUCCUCCUACCAAAGUUACUGGUUGGUCAGUUCUGGUUGUCCCAGGUGAUUUUUUUUUUUUUUUUUAAACUCUUAGCGGGGCCUUUAGCACUUGUAAAAGCACUGUAGCAUUUCCAGCUCUUGUGAGGGAGGACAGAUAUGUGCCCUGCGGCCGGGUGGCUACUCCAGUUUAUCUAAUCUUGCUGAGCAUGGGAUCCGGAGUUGGUGUUUUUGGCCACUUCCUGCACCACUUGUGCUCAACUACUUUCCACUCUUGAUACAUUCCAGUAAGCAGACUGGCUGGCACUGUCGGUGCACCUCUCUCACAGGGAGUCAACAUGUCUUUUAACUGGACAGACUCACCUAAUUUGAACAAAAAUUCUGUAUUUUUUUUCGACCCCCCCUGUCAUGUAAUCUGUCACUCCCAGAGUUUGAUACAGCCUGGUUGAGUCUCUUAAACAUUCCAGAGGAUCCUUUGGUGUGAUGGCCAGUUCGGGCCCCCACCCCCAGCCCCAAUAAUCCAGUGCUUCAGGCUCCUCGUAGGCUCGCAGUGGCGUGGCUGUCGUCUUUUCUGUAGCACUUUGUAUUGUGUGUGUGUGUGUGGUGUACCAGUGGCGUCCUGUCAUCGGUUAACUGUCUUGAGUAUUCCCUGUGAGCAGCACUUUGUUUGACGCCCCCCGUAGCCUUAUCCGGCACGGGGGACUGGUGCUGUCUCCGCUCUGUGGAGAGUUGUGCUAUCUAGUUUUGAAGUGCAUUAACUUUCUUACUGGGGAGGCACACUUGGCCUGUUCAGAGAGGCUUUGUAUGAACAGGGUUGGGCAGAUGUAGCGCAGUGAAAGACAAAAGAAAGGCCAAACCAGGUGUUGAAGUGUCUGUUAACAUGUCAGCUUCACCAAAACGCCCCUUUUUCUCAUCACUUUGACAUUUACCUCUUGUGUCGUCAAUUUGUGACUAGUCAGGUGACUCACAUGGACCUCAGCCCAGCCUCUGAGGUCUCUGUUCAUUUUAAUCACUGUGAAAGAAAGAGGGGAAGUGUGAUAAGGCCUUUGUGUAGGCCAAUGACCCACCUCCCUCCCUACCCCCCCCAAACUCCUUCCUUUGUUACCCAGAAGGCCACAGAGAAGCAUGUCAGAGCAAUACUUAAAGCCAGGAGGGGGACCGAGAAGAAACCGUAGCCUGCCUCCCUCCCUGUCCGUUCUUAAUGCCUUUUUAGUCGUGAAAACAGCCAAGUGUUGGUUGUGUUGGGCAGCAUCGUGUCCACUGUGGAGAGCCAGGGUACUUCUCAUUCUGCAGGGAGUAUUCAGAUCAUGUUCAAUGGAGAAGGACGUGAAAGGGUUUCUGUAGGGUCCUUCUGAGCAGCUGUUGUCAAGGCAAAAUGCUAUGCUACAAAAAUACUAAUGUACUCAAUAACUGUACGUGUAUGUUCAUGAAUAAAUUGGUUAAACAUGUCCAA